AUGUGGAAAUUUACUUCUGUUGAUGAGCAUCGUUAUGCGGCCGUUCGAGGAUCGCAACCUAAUCGUGGCAUGACAGCAGCAGCAGAGCGGCGACACCUCCGCACGAGGGGCUGCACGCUCUAUUGCGCAUCUAUGUUCGAUGGAUACGACAUUCACCGCUACAUGCUCCUAAAAAUCCGCGCGAAAACGGCUGUCCGGGCGAACGAAUGA